AUGGUGGUGAUAGACACAGAAAUCAUGUCUCCUGGGGAAGUCGAAUCGCCAUUACAAUCUGACCAACAACAGCCUCGGAUCAUUAAUGUUCAUAAUGGGCCUCAACUCGGUCGACAAUCUUCCAUCUAUUCCCUUACCUUGGACGAGUUUCAACACACCCUUAACGAGAGCGGAAAGAAUUUUGGAUCGAUGAAUAUGGACGAGUUCCUCAAUAGCAUUUGGACUGCUGAAGAAAACCAGGCUCACGCGCAAGUUCAACCUGCAGCCGCUACUACUGCCGGUGGCGCAACGACCGCCACUUCCGCUGCAAUGGCGGCUAACGGUUCUAGUAGUAGUGGACAGUUUUUGAUGGGAUUGAAUACUAGUUCAGCCGAGCCGAAUAUGAUUGUUAGGCAGCUAAGCUUAAGUCGACAGGGCUCGUUGACCCUCCCGGGCCCACUUUCUCGGAAAACAGUCGACGAGGUUUGGUCCGAGAUUCAAAAGACUCAACAUGAUCCCCAUCAACCAAGCAAUGGGAAUGACUCGAGUAACGAUCAAGUUCCGGGUUCUGCUCAACGGCAGCCGACUUACGGAGAAAUGACUCUUGAGGAUUUCUUAGUGAAAGCAGGGGUAGUCAGGGAACAAAACCACUCCAAUGGUCCAACUGGGCAGCAACAGCCUCCGUUCGGGCUAUACCCCAACGGAAACAAUCGUGUUGUUGGGCCUCCACCUGGAUCAGCGCACAUGGUGAGGCCCAUGAUGGCUGGCGGUGCUGUUAUCCCGCCAUACUCCCCCCUCAUUAGGGAGGCACCGGGUUAUGCAGGAGGAAAACGGGGCGGCACCUAUCAAUCACAGCCGCCUCCAUGUUAUGGUGGCAUGGUAGGAAAUGGAGGGGGUGUUGGCGGUUAUGGGCAGGGUUUGGGGAUUGGGUCGCCAGUUAGUCCAGUAUCUUCUGAUGGGAUGGCUACUAGCCAGCUUGAUAGUGGGAAUCAAUACGGGUUGGAUAUGGGCGGCAUAAGAGGAAGUCGUAAAAGGAUAAUCGACGGUCCAGUGGAGAAAGUGGUGGAGAGGCGGCAAAGAAGGAUGAUAAAAAAUCGAGAGUCUGCUGCAAGGUCACGAGCUAGAAAACAGGCUUACACAGUUGAAUUGGAGGCAGAAUUGAAUAUGCUUAAAGAGGAGAAUGCUCAACUCAAGCAAGCUCUGGCAGAAGUAGAGAGGAAAAGAAAACAACAGUUUUUUGAAGAAAUGAGAAUGAAAGCCGUCCCACAAGUUCAGAAGGUUAAAGGGAAGUCGAGGGUGUUAAGGCGAACCUCGAGUUGCCCGACCUGA